AUGUCUCUAGAAAGCUCGGUUAGGAUUUCGACUCAAGAGUACGACUCAGUACAGCGAAGUAUCAAGAAAGUGAAAGAUCGGACGGAACUCGAUCUGAACCAAAGAAAUGAGAUCAACGAGGAACAUAGGUGGUAUACAGAGGAAGGUGAGUCCUCCAAAGAAGAUAAACCCUUUGAUACUUGCCCUAUCAUUGCGGUUUCAAAGGAUGAAUUUGAUGAAUGGUGCAAACCAUGGAAAGCGGCUCUUAUUGUCAAAGUUCUUAGAAAAAGGGUGCAUCUUGGAUUUAUGGAACAACGACUCAGUAGAGAUUGGAUCAAAAAAGAAGAGGAAGAUUAUAAUCAUGCUCUUCUCGGAGGUCCUUGGAUGGUAGCUAGACAUUAUCUUAUCGUUCAACAUUGGAAACCCUUUUUCUUAUCAAAUGAGAACACAGUAACGAAGAUAGCAGCAUGGAUCUGUAUUCCUAAUCUUUCUGUUGAGCUAUACAAUCAUAAAUUUCUGUGGAGGGUUGGAUUAACCAUCGAAAGCAUGCUAAAAGUUGAUCGUGCAACCUCUAUUCAUUCCAGAGGAAGGUUUGUGAGGAUAUGUGUUAAGAUAGGUCUAUCUAAAAAGCUGGUGCCUAGAAUCUCGGUCAUGGGGUAUACUUUUAACAUUGAAUAUGAAUGUCUUCACCUUAUUUGUUUCGAGUGGGAAAAAUAUGGACACAAAUCAGACCAAUGCCAUGAAGUGGUUGCCGGCGAGAAUGUCCAACCGGGAGUGGCAGAUCUUAACGAUUCAAAAGAGAAGGCAGUCAAUCAGGAUGUGGACAUUAAUUAG